UCAACGACUCGCUGAGCGCGGAUCCAAGGGCACUCAGCCCCAACAGGGUCUCAAGACACCUCGGAUCCCGCGGCAACGAAGCACGACCAUGGCCGAGACCGCUGACGCCAAUGCGCAAGACAGCCCCAAGAGGCCGGUCACUUCUCCAAUGCCAGUUCAGCAGACCGAUGAAACGCAAAUCGCGUUUCUGGAACGUCUCCAACUAUACACGGAGACUACAGCAGCUGCACUUCGCAAGUGGGAACAGGAAGAAGCCGCCCGCCCGCAGGCAAUCCAACGCCAGCUGGCAGAGGCCGAGGCAGCACGUCAGCAGGCCGCAGCAGAAGCUGCAGCAGCCGCACGGUUACAGCAACAGCAGCUGGAGGCAAGUCAGAAUCAAGUUUGGUACCAGGCCACAAUGGAGCUCGCAAAUGAAGAAGCUACGUACCGCGGGUUACUGCAACAGCAGCACUUUCAAGCAACUGAAGAACAAGAAGAGCCGACCGAGGAAGAGCGAAGCAAGGAGGCCACAGCAGUCCUGAUGGAAAACCUGCUGUACGCGUGCAAUUGGCAGCAACGCGAACUGAUGGCCAUGCGACAGAUCUUCAUCCGCUACGAAGGAACUUUUCAGACGCUGGAUCAGAAGAUUGCUGUUUUGCAGGCCGAGAACAGUACACUGCAGGCCGCCAACAGUCACCAGCAGGCUAUCAACGAUCAGCUGCAGACCGAUGUCAGCAUGGGGUUGGCACAACUGUCUGCGGUUGAGUCGACGGGCAGUGCAGUCUCAGACUGCAGCCCAGCUUUGGCCGCUCAAGCCAAGCAACUCGAGGAACGGAUCAACCACGUGGUAGCAUCCCUUGGCGACAUCAGCAAGUUUGUCGGGACAUCUACAGUCAGCAAUCAGCUGCAGACGCUCAGCGACCGCGUUCAACAACGAACGGCCGUCGUCGUCAAGGAAUGGAAGAUGUCGAACUUCAAGAUUGAGAAGUUCGACGACUACCACAAGACUGAUCCGCUGAAAUGGUGGAUGGCAUUCAACGCGGAGGCGGACGUACAUCACGUCCCACCACUACGGCGGUUUGACGCGCUCUACCUCCAGCUCAUCGGAGGGGCACAAGCAUUCAUGACUCACAUGGCCGUCACGUUGGAAUGCACCAUCGCCACCCUCCACACCAAGAUAUCUUGGGAGGACUUCAAGAAGAAGUGGAAGACCCAGUUCAUGGUCAACAACGACAAACGUCACGCAUUGAACAAGAUCUUCUGCAUGUUUCAAGGCCAGCACCAUCACAGGAAUGGCUGACGGAGUGGCAAAGACUCGUCGCCACCCCGGAGUUGA